GCGAUGUCCUCGGAGGUCAGCGGCAUGGCGGCGGCCGGACAAACACCUAAAGCUAAGCGGAAAGGAGGAAGAGUGGUUCAGUCUCGCUACCUGCAGUACGAUAAGAAACAAAGCAAGACGGUGCCGGAACAGCCAAGCUCAGGCGUCGCUCAGCGAAAGGCAGCAAAGGAUGCUUCCUCAGGUUACUCCUCAUCAAAUAGUUCACUGCUGUCUUCUAGAGCUGAAGCAAGUGCGGCUGUCUCUCAGAAAAAUAAAGCUUCUGCUAGUGUGAACCUCAACUCAUUGAAUCAGGCUGGUCUUGAGAAGGGUAACUUGCAGUCCACUUUAUUAGAUGAAGAGAAAAUAAAGCUACCAGACCUCGAUAUUUCUGCUAUUAAUGAUAAAAGCGACCUCAAGAAGAGUUCUUCUUCAGAAUCUAUUUCAAAAGAGAAUUCAAAGACAAAGAAAAGAACUAGAAAGACUCGUGAGGCAACUACUUCUUCUGAUCCACUGGAAGUGCUGGAAUCUGAGGCACUAAUUUUAACUUUCCUAAGAUUAAGGACAGAAAAAAGGGUUGCCAAGAUGGAGGAGAAAGCAGAAGAAUACUUGUUAAUGUUGUGUGAAGAAAAGCGGAGACAGCAGGAGAAGCUUUUGGAGCUGAAACGUGAAAUUCUGCUCGAGGAGAGAAAGCAGAAGCUCAAUGAAGCAUUAGACAAACAGAUAGAAGUGCUGUCUCCCCUGGUUGCUGUGUGUGAGCAGUUCAAAGAGCAAUACAAAAGCUUUGCAGCUGGCCUGGAUGCCACAAGACACAAAUUACCCAUAAAGAACAUUCACAUAGAAGGAGAUAAGCAAACCUACCUUGAGGAACUGGAAAAGCAAUUAAGGAUCACACAGGAGCUUCUGACAGAAGUUAUGCCAGAGCACUCAGAGGAUGGUGGAAAAGCACUUGGUGCACUGAAAGAGCUUCAAGAAGUGUCUCAACAACUGAGUACAGGGCUUCAAAGGAGCUUCACAGAUGUGCAGAACCUGUCCUUUGAAGCCAGGAAAGAAGUUUCUCUGCAUAACCAGUACUUGUGUGAAGAGAAGCAUGGAGUAGAUGUUGUGAAAGGCUGGUAUUUCAACUGUGUGUAGUGUUUUACUGGGUAGGUACUAACUCAAAGCCAGCAGACUUCUUAUCUUUUUUUUUCUGCUGUGGACAUCCAACUUGCCCAGUU